GAAGGGAGUUCGUCUCGCGAUCUCGUUCCUCUGUUCGCCGCACCACAUUGGUUACACUCGUUUAUUUUGGGAUUUCAGUUUUGUUAAUCGUUUUCGGAUGAUCUUGUUUGACGUUACAUAAAGAUUUGGCAUUCGACUGUGACUUUGUGAGCCACCAUAAUGCCAUGUGUUUGUUGCAACAUGUGGGAUAUUUUAGAUUUUUAAUAUUGAGUUUUUACUGUCCUGUUAAACAUAGCUAGUGUUUAAUAACAAUAUUAAUCUGAUAAAUGUGGUAGCAAAAGGAUCAACUUAGUGUUUCCUAGUGUUGUGUCAUCGUGAAGUAAAGCGAGGAUUCCUCUGUGCGUGUUGUGAUUGCGAUGUCGUUGUCCGAUGGAUGCUGAGGGUAGGCUGGUGUUUUGGAAGAGCGGACUGUGGGAAGGUGGUGCGCCCACGCUAACCUGCAACACUUGCAAAAAGCGCCGCGCAGACAGGAUGACCGCCAACGAACGCAUGACGUCGCAAGGUGAACUGAAAAAGCUAUCAGAAGAGAGUUUAACGCGGCAGCCGGAGGAGGUGUUCGACAUCAUCUGCAAGCUCGGCGAAGGCUCCUAUGGCAGCGUUUACAAAGCAUUACACAAGGAGAGCGGGCAGGUGCUGGCCAUCAAGCAGGUGCCUGUGGACACGGAUCUGCAGGAGAUCAUCAAGGAGAUCUCCAUCAUGCAGCAGUGUGACAGCCCCUACGUCGUCAAGUACUACGGCAGCUACUUUAAAAACACAGACUUAUGGAUUGUAAUGGAAUACUGUGGCGCAGGCUCGGUGUCGGACAUAAUGAGGCUGCGCAAGAAGACGCUCUCGGAGGACGAGAUCGCCACCAUCCUCAUAGACACGCUCAAGGGGCUGGAGUACCUGCACCGACGUCGCAAGAUUCACCGCGACAUCAAGGCCGGCAACAUCCUGCUCAACACCGAGGGCCACGCCAAACUGGCAGACUUCGGCGUCGCCGGACAGCUCACCGACACCAUGGCCAAGCGCAACACCGUCAUCGGCACGCCAUUCUGGAUGGCGCCCGAGGUCAUACAGGAGAUCGGCUACGACUGCGUCGCCGACAUCUGGUCGCUCGGCAUCACCGCGCUGGAGAUGGCCGAGGGCAAGCCGCCCUACGGCGACAUACAUCCCAUGCGCGCCAUCUUCAUGAUACCCACCAAGCCGCCGCCCUCCUUCAGAGAACCGGAUCAGUGGUCGCCGGAGUUCAUAGACUUUGUCAGUCAGUGUCUCGUCAAAAAUCCCGAGGAGAGAGCGACCGCCGAAUAUCUGUUGUCACAUGAAUUUAUCGGUAACGCGAAGCACCCGAGCAUUCUCAGCACGAUGAUCGCGGAGGCGCGAGAGAUUCGCGAGAGUCAGGCAUUCCGCAACGCGCAGCAGAACUGCAACAACGCCAAGACCUUCGGCGCGGGCGACGGCUACAGCGAGGCCACGAUGAAGCAGCGCGACGGCACGCUGGUGCCCGCGCGAGACGGCACCGCCACCGGGGACCUCGCCGCGGACCUCGGCACCAUGGUCAUCAACGAGCCGGACCUCGCCACCAUGAAGAGACACGACACGGACCCUAUGGACACGAACAGGCCCAAGUACCGGCCGCUGUUCCUCGAGCACUUCGAGAAGAAGGAGGUGAGCCGCGCCAGCAACGGCGCGCUGCCGCACACACCCCCGCCACCCGACGAGGCCGCGCGGUCGGAGGCGGGCUCUGCGGCGGGCGGCGGCGCGGUCCUGCAGCGCGCGCUGGUGGAGGAGGGCAACUUUGAAUUCCUGGCGUACCUGUCGGAGGGCGAGCUGGAGGCGCGCAUGGCGCGGCUGGACGCAGAGAUGGAGGCGGAGAUAGAGCAGCUGCGCGCCAGAUACGACCGCAAGCGUCGCCCCAUACUCGACGCCAUACAUCUCAAGCGCAAGCGGCAGCAGAACUUCUAGCCGCGCCCUAGUGCGGCCCCCACCACACACACACACACCUCUCUACGUCUUACAACUUGAUACUAAAAGGUCGCAAUUUUAUAGUUCCACUUUGUUGGCUAGGAAUUUAAUUCAAACGAUUUAAAAGAAAAUCAUAACCAUAGAGUAUGUACGGCUUCCAAUUUUUUUUUGCUUAUAAAUUUGACAAUUUCUAAUGGCUACAAAACUAGCCAACUAUGAUAAUGAGAUGAAUUUAGUGAUUUUUUUCAUUCAAUUUUUGUCAAAUAUGUACAGCUGGGAAUUAUAAAAACUCUAGUAAGAUGCAGGUGAAGAAAUAAUAUCAGUGGUUGGUGAAGGAAUGAUUAAAUAAUAUUUUCAACUAAUUAGCGGCUGUCAAAUUUGACAUUUGUAGGUGCUUUAUGUAGAGGUGCCAAAAAAGUUUUUCGAAGCAUUUAACCGGCCACCUUUGUUCCUAAAUAAGUAAAUGUCUUGUCUUGAGAGUUUUUAUGGCCAUUUAGCUCUACAGUUGGCCAAAUAUAUUGUCGUUUUUUUGAGAAAACGCGCAACAACGAAGAGAUGGACUCUUUGUAUAGUGCGACAAAUUUAUUUGGCUAAACAUUUAAAACCAUCUUAUGAUGUGUUUUCUAACUAAAUGCGAAAACAGCAUCACUCGCACUGAGCCAGAUAACUUUGUUGAACUAUGUGUUAGUUAAGUAAUAUAAGUCGUUAACUUAGCGUUAGUGUAGCAAUGAACGAGGAGACAUAUCCGCCGCCUCCGCUAGAUGGCGUCGCCUGUCCUCACCAUAGAUUAUAUAAUAUAUCUGCUGCCAUAGAUAAUUAAACAUAGAUUAACAAUAUAGAAUCAAAUGCAUUUUUUGUUAAAAAAAUAUAUUUAUAUAUGUAUUAUUUUCUUAAGAACAUAUUAAGGAUAUGAAAUAGUUAAUAUUGUAAAUAAUUCAUGAAAUAAUGA